GGCGCCCGCCGAGCGACGAGAGCCCAAGCAAAAAGGCGCGGAGCCGAAACUUGCAUUGCAAGGAGAGAAGGCCCUCGCCGCCCCACUCCCCAUGGCGGAGGGGGAAGAGGAGGCGGCGCGGCCGCGGCCGCGGCCGACGCGCGUCGUGGAGGAUAUGCGCGACAGGAUCGUCCAGGCGGUGAAGGAGAACCGCGUCACGAUGAUCGUCGGGGGCACCGGAUGCGGAAAGAGCUCCAUGAUUCCCCAAUUCCUCCUAGAAGAAAAUCUGGAGCCCAUUAUGUGCACACUGCCUAGGAGGUUUGCUGUGGUAGCCCUUGCUCAGAUGGUGGCUCAAUCUCGCAAAUCGGAGCUAGGAGAAGAGGUUGGAUAUCAUAUAGGCCACUCGAAUAUGACCAAUCUCAUCUCGACAAGGUCAAAAAUUGCCUUCAAAACAGCUGGUGUUGUGUUGGAGCAAAUGCGUCAUAAGGGCUUUGCUGCAUUGCAAUAUAAGGUUAUUAUUCUUGAUGAAAUUCAUGAAAGGUCUGUGGAAUCUGAUCUUGUCCUUGCUUAUGUCAAGCAGUUUAUGAUGAUGACGAAUGACUCAAGGCUAGUUUUGAUGUCUGCUACCAUUAAGAGCACACAAUAUGUUGAGUACUUUAAAGAUAUUGGAAAAGUUGAACUGAUUACCAUCCCGAGCAGUUCCUGCUCUAACUUCCAGAGAAAAGUCCAAUAUCUUGAGCAGAUUGUUGAUAUUCUGAAGAUGGAUUCUGAAACUGAAUCACUCCGGACGAAGUAUUGCCCUGGACUAGAUUGCAAGGCAGAAGCUUAUCUUAAUCCUGGCGUGCAUCAACUCAUCAACAAGUUAUUGUUGCACAUACAUGAAAGUGAACGAGACACUGAAAAGAGUAUUUUGGUUUUUCUUCCUACAUACUCUGCAUUGGAGCGGCAAUGGGAUCUGUUGUCUGGUUGUUCAAUUUUCAAGGUACAUAUUCUUCAUCGCAGCAUUGACACUGAUGAAGCUCUUGAAACUAUGAAGGCCUCAAAGACUUGCCGAAAGGUCAUACUGGCGACAAACAUGGCUGAAUCGUCUGUCACUAUUCCAGGAGUUGCUUAUGUUGUUGAUUCCUGUAGAUCAUUGGAAGUCUACUGGGAUCCAGUCAGGGGAAUUGACUUAUCUAAGCUUGUAUGGAUUUCCAAGUCCCAGGCUGAGCAGCGGAAAGGCAGGACAGGCCGGACCUGUGAUGGUCAAAUUUUUCGCUUGGUAACAGAGCCAUUUUAUAACACUUUUCCUGAUCAUGAAAGCCCUGCCAUUUUAAGAUUAUCCAUAAGAAAGCAAGCACUCAUGAUAUGUUGUGCAGAGUCCAUAGCUAUGAAUGACCCCACCGUCCUGCUGCAGAAAAUUCUCAAUCCACCGGAGUCUGCUGUUAUUAAAAAUGCACUAGAGACUCUUGUUCAAAUUGAUGCGGUUCAGCCAGCUUUCGGUGGAGGGUAUCGGCCCAGUUUUUAUGGCUAUUUGCUCAACAGUUUGCCAUUAUCAUUACAUGCUUCUAUUAUUACCGUGAAAUUUGGUGAGAUGGGGUAUCUCCAUGAAGGAAUCCUGAUAGGCAUUAUGUUGGACAUCCAACCACUUCCUAUACUGCAACCUUUUGGUGAUCAAGCAUUGCGCAAGAAGAUUAGAGACGAUUACUUUGAUGAGGUUAGCUCUCAACAAAUUGGCAAGAAGGAAGCUACACUCAUCGGAAAUCUUCGGGCAUUUCAAUUUUGGCAGUGUAUGUUUAAGGAUAAGUUUCGUCUGGAGUACCUGAUAAAUAUGGCCAAGAACGAAGAGUCAAAUACAUAUGAGCCCUUGAUCUUGAAAAAUGAACAAGACUGGUGUAGAGUUCACAAUCUCGUGCCGAAAGCGCUUAACAACAUCUCUGAAAUCUAUGAUGAUAUUAUGAGCACACUGCACGGCUUUAGGCCUCUUUUUCUUAAGAAAACCAGUCCUCCAAAGUACCUUCAGACCUCUGAAUUCCACCAUGCAUGUGGUGACCCUGAAUUACCGGAGCCAGAGCAUAUGACUUCAUUCUCAUCGGAAGCUGAUAAUUCUCAUUUAGAUUCACAGCGGAGGUGUGCUUCACACCCUUAUAUUUCUGCAACUGAUUUUGGAGCCACUGACACUGUUAAUGACCUGAAGAAGGUUAUAAAAAAGAUGAAGAUACAACUUGCAGACGAACAAGUUAGCUUUGAAGGUGAGAAGUGGGUGGAGUAUGUUGACAACACUUUUGAGGAAUACAAAGGCCCUCUUAACAAUUCGGCUGGUGCCCACAAACCAGCAUGCAUGUUCUACCUCACAUUAAAGGGUUGUAUAAAUGGCAGCUAUUGUUCAUAUGCACAUGAUUGUGACUCUUUGAUUUCUUCAUCAGUUACAUCUAAAAUAAGUCAAGAAGAUAUACCCUGGCGUACUGAAAAAGGUUGGGAAGAGUUGCUGACUGGAGGUGAAAAUGGUCACAUUCUUGUUGUGAAUGACAAAAAUCUGAAGUUUUCUCGUGAACUUUGUAAGAUAGUUGCCAGUAUACCUCGUCUGCGUUUGGCUGAGCAUAAUUCAGUUGCAAACAACCUCAGAUUAGUCCAGAAUGUUGCUGAUCCUUCUCAUCUAACUAUUGGAGGUGAACAUGAACUACCAGUUCCUUGGACGAAAUUACAGCGAAUUAUUCUGUUAGAUGAUUAUGGUUCUGGUGAAGCAAUCAAUCACCAAAUAUUCCAGAAGUUCUUUGAGUAUAUUGCCAUCAAGAUCUUGUCGGAAACAUUAUCCGGUUUGCAGGUCAUCGUGAUCAUGAAUAACACAAAAUUUGUUAAGAUACAGGUGGAAAAAUUGGCAAGAGAGUGUUUCUUCUUUCUGGGUGAAUCAUUCCUAUUAAAUGGAGUGCCUCUUGGAUGGUUUCCGUGCAUCCGUCAACAAGAUUGGCGAGUAGCAGGACCAGUUGCUUACGUUUUCAACAUGCAUCCUCCAUCCCCACAGCGAUUUUGCAGCACAACAGAACUGGGCGCCAAGUCCUCUGCAGAGACUAGUUAGGUCAUACACAUGCUAAUAGCUACUCCUAGGUCAAAUCGUUUUGCCAGCUGGAAAUACUUAGUUCUUUGGUCAGGUCAGCUUGUACAGAAAUAUUAUGGCACAGUAGCUACGAUGGAUACGGUAGGCACUGUUGCGCUGCGACUGCAAACUUGGGUUUUAAUGUCGUCGCUGCUCUAAUUUUUGUUAGACGUCCAAUUGUCAUGGAAGUGCCUUGAAAGUUGUUAUAUUUUCAUUUGGAAGUGCCCCCAAAGGCAUGGAAUCUCACUCUAUGUGAUAACCUUAAUUGCGUACGUUAUAUGUGAAUUGUUAACUCUGGACCUUA